ACUACUCCGCGUCUAUAUGCGAGGAAUCUUUACACGACUCUACAUAAAAAUGUACAAGGAACAAUCCGUGUGAUAUCCGUAAAAAACAUACCUGUUCUUUGAAAACGUACAAGAAAGAUGCCAUGUGCUGUUUCAUUUUAUGGAAAAAGUAGAAGAUAACACCGUUCCAAUCAAAGUGAUAUCAAAACAUCGUUAGAUUGUUACAUACUUUCUGUCAUAGGUUUGCAAAAAAUACUGCUGCACAAAAGGUUUUAGUAGAAAAAUAUUUGUCGCUGCUGAACGAACAAUUUAUUAAACAUCAGCUUCUUCGACGUCUCAAAGUAGACUGAUCUGUCAGCUAGAGGCGAUAGUCAAAUGCGCUUGCGCUUCUAAUAAUGUAAAUAUGAAUGUGAAAUAUGAUGUGUAUUUUCCUCAACAUGUUCUAUUAUGUAAUUUACUUAUUUCGCGAUAAGUUUUUAAUGUAACGUAUAACAAUACUCCUAUACUUCGUGUAUCUAUAGUCUUAUCAAUUUUUCAUCGCGUAAUAAGAGAAAAUUAUUAAAUGAUGGAGAUUACUAAAUUACAUUCAUCAUUUAUUUAUCCAUUAUCAAGCAAAUUGACUUAACGACAACGUAUGGACAUAGAAGAAAUUUGAUAAAACUGAAGACGGUCAGUACUUGUCGGAAGAUCGGUCAGUCGUUUCAUUGACAAAACUGCUCCAUUCGUGACACGACAUGGUAUUUGCAGGCACACGCUGUUUAAAGCUUCAUCGAAUUAUGCUUAUGACUGUGGGAUUAUGGCCGUAUCAGAAAUCAUUCAUCUUGCGAAUACAAUCAAUUUUCUUCUUGAGCGUAUACUGCUGCCAUGUAUUUUUUCAGGUUAUGACGUUCUUAACGACGACUUGUAACAUGGAUUGUAUCCUAAAAAGAUUUUCUUAUCUUUGUAUUACUUUUGUUUUUAUUAUAAAUUACUACUCAGUCUAUUUUAAUUCUGAUGCUGUAAAGCAAGUGUUUGAACAUAUGCAGUUCGACUGGAAAAUGUUUGAAAAUAGUGACGCAAUAAAAAUAUUUGAAGAAUAUCUCUUUGAAUCUUAUAUUUUCAUAUUAUCUUUGUGCAUUAUUUUUUUACUAUUUGCAUCUUUUCUUAUAACUAUGGAAUGUAAAGCUAUUAUUCUUGAUGUUAUCAUACCGAUGAAUGAAUCGCGACCACGAAAAGUUGAAAUCGAUCUUGAACUUUUCAUCAAUGAAGAACAAUAUUUUUUUUUCUAUAUAGUGGAGGAGGCACUAGGAGUCGGGUUCGGUAUCUGGUCAAUGAUUAUGACUGGAACGUUUCUAACUACAAUAGUGAAACACUUAUGUGCAACAUAUAAAAUUGUUAGUUAUUUAAUUCGAGAUACGGUGACUACUCAUACGUUACAACUUCCUGUUGUUCAAAGAAUACAAUUUAUGUAUCGGAAUAUUUGUCUUUCAAUGUACAUUCAUAGAAGAACAUUUGAGUUCUGUAAAGGUCUGUUACUUUUGUUUCAAAUGUGGUAUUUCCCAUUACUUUUAGUUUCCGUCUUGUCCUUAAGUUGCAUUUUAUUUCGUCUAUAUAACGCUAUAAUGCAGUUCAAUGACUUUUAUGAUAUUUCACUGUCCUCUUCACUUGUGUUGUGUUAUUUGAUGUACAUGUUUAUGGCAAAUUUUCUUGCCCAGUCUUAUACCGAACACAGUGUAGGACUAUUAGAAUCUAUGUAUGAUACUCUUUGGUAUGUAGCGCCAUUAUCGAUUCAGAAAUUGUUCUUGAUUAUGCAAAAAUCUAUAAAGAGUCAUAAAGUAGUAGUGGGUGGCCUUUUCGUUGCGUCCAUAGAAGGAUUUUCUACGCUUGUGACUUCAUCUGUAUCAUAUUUUACUGUUAUGCACGCCAUGCGUUCAUGAGCAUGAGAUGACGAAGAAAUAGUGAAGAAGAUAUAGUUAUUCAGAGCGAUGCUUACAUUAUAAUUUACGCAUUAUAAUUGUUCUUACAAAGAUAAGUGAUGAAAGCUUUUGAAGAAAGAAAGAAACUACUAUGUUAUAUGUAUGUCAAAAAUUGGCACAUAUGGACUAUUUUGGACAUUCCUUAAAUUUGAUAGUAUAUUGAUUUUCUAUUAUUUUAUGUAUCUGUUUUAUUUUGGAGUAUAUUAGUUGCUACUUUAAAAUAUUAUACUUUAUAAAAUAUUUAUUAUUAAAUGUGAUGUUGUAAUUUUGUAUUGUGAUGAUGUAUGAUAAAAUAUUAAUGUACUGUUU